UUUUUUCCAGCUGCCCUCUAUCCCCUCCCCUUGAUGGCUUCUCCUCCUCCUCCAGCUCCCUUUCCUCUCCCCACCAUCUCCUGCAGACAGUCCUGGAGGGCAGUAAUAGAAUGCAUUGCUGUAACAGGCAUCUAGCGGUCUCCCAGCUCAGCCUCCUGGUACAAUGGAUCAUCCUGGCCUUUACAAGUGACUGGCACCUUGGCAGUGCCAAUGCAGAUGUAGUUCCAUUUCUGAUCUUCAAUUCAGAGUUGUCUUCAUGCCUGGUGGCGAAAGAGUCUUCCGUUCACAUGAUUGGGCCAUGUAACGUAAAUUCCCCUGAUCAGCAAUGGCUAUGGGUCUCCCGUCGUCGACUUUUCAACGUGGGCACACUGAAGUGUUUGUUGACUCCGUACCCCAGCAACAGCACUGAGUCUGCUCUCUCCGUCUUCCAGUGUGACCAUGAAAACUUCUAUUCUAUUCGACGCUGUGAAUCACAGCUGGAACAGCUCACCAAUAGUAUUAGGCUACAGAUAAACAAUGGCACAGGCUCGCUGCGGCCUCCGGCAAAGGUUGGCAGCCAAUGGUCGGUUUAUGGAACCAACAGGAGCAUCUGCACUGAAGCCUUUUACGAUAUUUACACCAUCCAAGGCAACUCGAAUGGCCGUCCUUGUGCAAUCCCAUUUAAAUACGACAACCAGUGGUUCUACAGCUGCACGAGCACUGGUCGAGAAGAUGGACAUCUCUGGUGUGCCACCACAGUGGACUACGGCAAAGAUGAAAAGUGGGGCUUUUGCCCAGUAAAAAAUGAUGACUGUGAGGCAUUCUGGGACAAAGAUCCACUAACCCUCAGCUGUUACCAGUUCAAUUUCCAGUCCGCUCUAUCAUGGAGUGAAGCUUGGACCAGCUGCCGGCAACAGGAUGCGCACCUUCUCAGCAUCAAUGAGAUCUACGAGCAGACCUAUAUAAACGGCCUUCUGACUGGGUACAGCUCCACUCUGUGGAUGGGACUCAAUGACUUGGACACCAACGGAGGAUGGCAGUGGUCAGACGGUUCACCAUUAAAAUUCUUAAACUGGGAGAUUGAACAUCCAAGUAACUCCAAUGAAGAGAACUGUGCUGUGAUUCGGACCGAAUCCUCCGGGGCCUGGCAGAAUCGGGACUGUAGCAAUGCUUUACCCUACGUUUGUAAAAAGAUCUCCGCAUCCCACCGGGGCAUUCCAGCCAUAGAGCCUGUGGAACCUGACGUGGUGAUACAAUGUCCCACUGGCUGGCAGAGUUAUGGAACAAACUGUUAUAGACUUAAUAUUGAGAAGAAGAGUUGGCAAGACGCAAGAAAGGCAUGCGUCCGACUAGAUGGAAACCUAGCCAGCAUCCACACACUCCUGGAGCUAGAGUUUGUCACGAAACAAAUCAAACAAGAAGUAGAGGAACUGUGGAUUGGACUGAAUGAUCUCAAGCGUCAGAUGAACUUUGAGUGGACGGAUGGAAGUGCUGUCACCUUCACAUCUUGGCAUCCCUUUGAACCAAACAACUUCCGUGACAGCAUGGAGGACUGUGUGACCAUCUGGGGACCGGAGGGGAAAUGGAAUGACAGCCCAUGUAAUCAGACCUUACCCUCCAUCUGCAAGAAGCCUGGAAUAUACGUUCAGCCGAGCACGGAGGACAGUCACGGAUGCCAGAAGGGGUGGAGCUGGCAUAGCCCAUCUUGCUAUUGGCUGGGUGAUGCACAAGUGACGUACAGUGAAGCAGUAAAAUUAUGCGCAGAUCGCUCGGCUAGAUUGGUGUCUGUGCAGGACAGGUUUGAGCAGGCCUAUGUUAACAGCCUUUUAUAUAGCUCGGAUGAGAGCUUCUACUGGACUUCCCUGCAGGAUAUGAACAGGACUGGCGUAUUCAGCUGGCUUUAUGGCGAUGAAGUAACAUACACCCACUGGAACAGAAACCAGCCGGGUUAUGAACGAGGGGGCUGUGUUGCUCUGGCUACUGGCAAAUCUCUUGGCCUUUGGGAAGUGAAAGACUGUUCGGAGUUCAGAGCAAAGUACAUUUGCGAGCAGAGUUUGGCCCCACUAAUUCCACUGAUCCCUGCUAUAAGGCCCACCCCAAGCUUCAAUGGAAGCUGUCCCGAUGGUUGGAGCACUUCUUCGAACCUGAGACACUGCUACAAGGUCUAUCACUCAGAAAAACUGCAAGAUAAAAAAACGUGGAUAUCAGCCCAGGUUUUGUGUCGCGAAAUUGGAGCUCAGCUUUUGAGUAUUUCCAGCACUGAAGAGGAGCAUUUUGUGUCCCAUAUACUGAAUAAAAUUUUUGGCGAAUCAGAUGCCGAUGUUCACGAGCAGCACUGGUUCUGGAUUGGACUAAACAGACGGAACCCUACUGGUGACCAGAGCUGGGUCUGGAGUGAUGGACAAGGGUAUUCUUACCACAACUUUGAUCGCAGUAACCAAGAUGAUGAUGACAUAAGGAGGUGUGUAGUGCUGGACCUGUCAUCCCUACAGUGGGUGGCCCAAGAAUGCGAGUCCCACAUGGAUUGGAUCUGCAAACUUCCAAAAGGCACCGAAAUAAAGGAACCUGAAGUAGCUAAAGGUAGCUCUGAGUGGGUAAAUUAUGAAAACUCGGAAUACAAGUUUUUCGAGCACCGCUCAACAUGGAUGCAGGCUCAGCGGAUCUGCACUUGGUUCCAAGCUGAACUGGUGUCCAUCCAUGACCAGGCAGAGUUGGACUUCCUUGGGAAGAAUCUACAGAAGUUUGCCCGGGGACAAGAACAGCACUGGUGGAUUGGGCUUCACACAUAUGAAAAUGACGGGAGAUUCAGGUGGUCAGAUGGCUCGGUGCUCAGUUUUGUGCACUGGGCAAAUGGCCGGCCUGGACGCCUGACCAGGGAAAAGAAAUGUGUCUAUAUGACGACUACUCGAGAGGAUUGGGGUGACCAAAAGUGCAUCACUGCUCUGCCAUACAUCUGCAAACGCAACAACGUCACAUAUCCACGCCCCACGCUACCUCCUCUGAUAAACUCAGUGGGUGGGUGUCCUAAGGGUUGGCUGCCAUUCCUUAACAAGUGCUUUGGAGUGAAAGCAUAUUUCAAAUUUGAACAAAAGACAUGGCAACAAGCCAGGGACUCGUGCAAACUGCUAGGAGGAGAAUUAGCCACCAUCAGCAAUUAUAUGGAACAAGCUUUUAUUACAUCCAUACUUCCUAACAUAACUGUCGACCUUUGGAUUGGUCUGCACAAUGCCCGACAAAAGUUCCAGUGGGUGGAAGGACAGCCAUUGAGUUAUGUGAACUGGGCACCCGGAGAGCCAUCCAGGGAGAGUGCUUCUAGCAGUAACGACAAUCCGAUUAGCUGUGCAGUCAUCUGGCACGGAACGCCAUCUCCGUUCACCGGCCGUUGGGACGACCGGAGCUGUUUGGAGAAACAAGGGUACAUCUGCCAAAACAGCAAAGUACCACUUCUGAGUCCACCCUCUGAACAAUUGCCCCCACUACCUGGCACCAAUUUGAAGUAUGGAAACAGCACGUACCUGAUCAUGCAGAAGCCAUUAUCCUGGUUAGACGCUCGUUUGAUGUGUGAGACCCGGAAUGCCACCCUUACCAGUGUCCCAGACCCCCCCCAGCAGGCGUACCUGACCAUGGCCAUCGGUUUACAGAAUACCCCUGUCUGGAUUGGAAUGUUCAACGAAGAAGGUGGGCGAGCUUACUCUUGGCUAACAGAAGAUGGAGUCUCCUACACCAACUGGAGGGACGGGGAGCCUCAGCAUCUGAGCGGCUGUGUUUACAUGGACUCAGAAGGGACAUGGGGUACAGCGAGCUGUGACAGCAAACUACAAGGAGCGAUUUGCAACUUUAACAGCACCUCCAUCAAAACACACAAGUGGAGUUUGAAUGGCAGCUGUCCCAAGUCAGUUGCCGACUCCUCGUGGAUUGCGUUCCGUGAUUACUGUUACUCCUUUCACAUGGAGGUCAGGGUGAGCCAAAAGGAUGCUGCCAAGAGAUGCCAGAAAGUUGGUGGAGAUGUCUUAACCAUACUGGAUGAGUCUGAGAACACAUUUGUUUGGGAACAUCUACAGACAUACGAGAGCCAAUCCAGAGGAGCGUGGCUGGGAAUGUCCUUCAAUGCCAAAGGAGCAUCUCUCUUAUGGAAUGAUAACAGCCCGGUCAACUACUCUAACUGGGGGCAGCAAGAUUCCGGUCCCAGCUUGCUGAGCCCCAAUUCCUGCUACUGGAUUCAGGGGACCAACGGAGUGUGGAGCCUCGGAUCUUGUACAAAUAUCAGCAUGGGAGUGAUCUGCAAACUGUCAAGAGAUCAAGAGACAGCGAUGUCAAAAUCUGUUCUUCCAGACCACGCCACAGCAGUAGCCGUGGUGGUUCUGUCUACAAUGGCCUUGUGUGUCCUGACUGCCAUCAUCAUCUUCCUUUACCGACGCAAGAAAUUCGAAGCAGAGCGUGGAGCGUUUGAGAGUGCCAGAUACAGCCGCACCAACACUGGUCCCGGGGGAUCAGCUGAAAAAAAUAUCCUGGUGUCAGAUAUGGAAAUGAACGAGCAGCAGGAGUAGUAGAGACAGGGACACCGAUAAAGAGGCACAAUACAAAAAAAAUUGAUGGGGAAGCACAUGGGGGGAGGGUGAAAGUUGUGACUUUAAAUGCCUCCAACAGAAGGAUGACCCGCGUGGUCUGUUAUGGCAGAGGGUGCAGGAUGCCCCUUGACAAAUAUGAAUUUUGUACCCAUUCAGUGUUAAAAGGGGGCUUCAAUGCAUUGCUGCGCAAUAUGUUUCAAGUCCUUCCAACGCCCAAAGAGAUUAAAUAAGUGAAAGCCAUCUCUUGUGGACUGCACCGAUCCCAACCACCAACAUUACCAUUAUCUGUUAGAAACCACAGGAUGGAACAUUCCCAGGAAGGAUGCAUUAUCGGGGCAUAGCAGAGCUCAAGCUGUGUUCAGUUCCCUGAAGAACCCCUUGUGGUCACACUCUCUUUUAUCUAUGCCUGAGCAGUUGGGGGUAUGGAUUAAGGGAAGGAUUAGGAGGAUUCUAUGAUCGGAUUAUCUACUAAACUCCCGUUUUAUUGAGAAAAAGAAUUGGCUUGGUUGACCAGUAAAUUUGCAUCUUAUCAUAACCCGUGUGUUCCCUUUCUCUCCCCACUGCUUCCUCCUGUAAGUGCCCCAUCCAAAACCUGGUAUCCAGUCUUUUUUCCGGUUGCCAACUCCUUCUUCUCAUUGCUAAAUGUAAUAACUAUUCUUUCUACUCUUGUAUCUAUACUCUCAAUUCUUCUCAUUCCUCCAGUCUUACAUUCUCUUUAUACUUAAGACCAAACCAGUCUAUCCUGGAGAAAAAUGAAGGACCAAAAAAAAAAAAAUCAACCUCCCUUGUGCAUUGAACAAAGGACCAAAAUAUUUCCCUCUGGGUUCACCAGAGCCCUUUUAAUCUUUCAGUGAUAUUACAUUCUAGAAAUAUGACGCUUCGGAAAAGUGUGAAGUUCAGUUUGAGGGUUGCGUGCACCUUCUAUUGUAUCUACAGUAGGUUUCUAUGUAUAUUUUUUACUUGUCUGGAAUUAUCCUUUGAAAUGAUUUAGAGUUUGCUCAGAUCUACAGGUUGAAAACUCACAUCUCCUUCGGGUCAUAGAUGGUCCAUCAAAAAAAAAAAAAAUGAAUCUCUUGCCUCUUUAGUACCUUGAAUACAAUACUCCAAGAGGCAUGUUCUGGAUCAAUGGAGCAAAUUGUCGAGGACUCAGUGACGGCACUCUGCGUGCUAACUUCAGGGGAGUUGGGAAUAAGCACUAUGUAUUUAUGUCUGUAUGUCUAUGUUGGGCAUAUAGGUAUAUUGAAAAGGCAAUAAACGCGAAAGCAAUCACACACAAA